ACAUCAUCAUUGACACUCUCCAGGCAGUUGUUUAAAAGAUGGCAAGAGCUGCCCAUCGAGAGCAACUAGAGAUUACUAUGGAUUAUGCAAAUCUGCCUGAUGUGUCAGCCAGAAGUCGCUCUAAUAAACACAGUCAAGGGGCUCCUGCUGCACCAGGGAGAAAACUAUUCAGACUGGUUGCUGUUAGCUUUGGACUCCUGUGUAUCCUCCAAGCUGCCGUCAACAUCUCCCUGCGUCUUGCUUUCUACAAUAACACAUCAUGUAUUAAGACAGAGGAGGCAGAAGAGCUGAAAAACCUCACUGAUCAAUAUUUUCAACCAGGAUGGGUCUAUUCCCGCCCAAGUUUUUAUUAUAUUUCUUCUGUUGCGAAAUCCUGGAAAGACAGUAGAGAGGACUGUUUACAAAGAGGUGCAGACCUGGCAAUUAUCAACACCAAAGAAGAGCAGGACUUUACAAGAAACUUUAAAAAACUCAUGUGGAUUGGACUAACUAAGACAGCCAUGAAAGGGACAUGGAACUGGGUGGAUGGGACUCCACUGAGCAAAAGUUACUGGGGGCCUGAUGAACCCAAUAGUUUUGAAGGAAAAGAUGAAAACUGUGUUGAAAUAAAUUUUUAUGAUUUCGAAAACAGCUGGAAUGACAUACCAUGUGAAAAUCCAAACUUCUGGAUCUGUGAAAAGAAACUGGCUUCUUAAUUGUCAAGUGCAGGAAGUUUGAUCACACAGUUCAACAUCUUAAAUGACUAAAAUAACUAAGGACUACAAAGUCUGGUUGGUAUGUUUAAUUGUCUGCCAUUUCUCUUUUUACAUGUUGAAUUUUCUUUGCUGCAUAAAAAGGACGUCUUUGACAGCACUCUAACAAAUACUCAGAACAAGAACUCACUGAAGAUCUAAGAGUUGUAGAUUGAAGUUGAAGAUAGAAGUUGAGAAAGUCUCCUGGAUCCAUUUAUAAAACAACUGCAGAUUUCAAGAUCAUUGGUUCAAACAAACGUGUAAAAGUACAAGUUAUUCCAAAGAGUAACCGCUUUGCCAAGGUCUCAAAGAAGGCCAACACUCUCACAUUUAAAUGUGACAAAAAUGCAAGGAACUAAGAAAUCAGGAAGGGCACAAAUUGUUUUUUCAAAGCACUGUAUGUAACGGUCAAUACAUUUAUUUACCAAUAAUCAUGCCUCUUCUGUUCAAAUGGUAAGUGGCCUGUAUUUGUAUAGCGCUUUACUAGUCCCUAAGGACCCCAAAGCGCUUUACACAUCCAGUCAUCCACCCAUUCACACACACACAUUCACACACUGGUGAUGGCAAGCUACAUUGUAGCCACAGCCACCCUGGGGUGCACUGACAGAGGCGAGGCUGCCGGACACUGGCACCACCGGGCCCUCUGACCAACUGCAAAUCCAAAUCCAAAUGCAACCUUCAAAGAUUAAUGCAUGCUCUUAUCACCUCUCUGCCAUGCACUUUUUUUUUAAUCAGAAUUUGCAUUGCUUGCCUACGGCUGGUGCAAAACGCUGCAGCUUGAUUUUUAUGUGGUGCAAGCAAACAAGAUCAUGCCACCUCAAAUCUUAGCUUCCCUUCACUGGCUUCCAGUUUGUUUACUAAUCUAUUUUAAAAGGCUUGUUGUGGCCCCUUUUAUCUGUGCCAGCUGCUGGAAACAUAAGUCCCAUCUCAUUCUCUCAGGUCAGCAGACCAGAGGCUUUUUCUUGUUCCAAAGAUGCAACACAAACUCAGAGGUUAUAGAGCUUUCACAAUUUCACACCAGACUUCUCCCUUUGCCAUUUUUAAAUUUCUUUUGAAGAAACACUUUUACGCCCUGGCCUUCCGACCAGUUCAAAAGUUCACUGUCAUCUUGAGUUACUUUUUAUGUACUCCUUUAUUAUUUAACUUCUGCUGCUGUUUUGUGUUUCUAUAUCUGUUACCCUCCGGCCUGUGUUUGUUUUUUAUGUUUGGUGAUAUUGAUAGGCCAUGCUGGUGUUUUUAAAAGUGCUUAAUAAAUAAAGUAAUACGGUAUUGUAUGGUAUAUUUAAAAUAGAAGCAACUGUCAUGUAGCUGCUACAAACAGGUUAAACAGAAAAACAGAGUCACCUAUAAAAAUAAUUGCAUCAGUCAUCAAUUUCCUGUUGAGCAGAGACACAUACAUAAUUAGACCUCUUUUAGAAGGUGUUACCUUAUUAGACAAGUAUUAGACAGGCACUCUCUACAAACUUUACUGCCACCUCCACCUCAGACAUCGAGAUCUCUAGAAUGGAAAUGGAUAAUACCUAUGCGAAUGUUGAUGGAUUUUUAGGAAAACAGAGCAGGAAGAAGUGGGAGACAAAUGAUUCACAAAAUGUUUAUGAUAAUGUGUUGCUUCACAACCAAACUGAUGCUGCACCUUCAGGUAAUAAAUACUUUUCGUGUGUUGAGGAAUAUAACAUGUGUGUUUGAAAACCUGGCUGGAAGCUUAUGAAUUUUUGUGAUAAUUUUCACCCAUGUGUUGACUGACGUGACAAUUUGAUUAGAAAACUGUGAACAAAUAAUUUUUAAAUCCAGCACAUAGGUUUAGAAACUAUUCAAGUCAGCUUAAAAGUUUAAUUUUUAUGACUGGCAACCCCAGAAAACUAUGUGUACUAAUACAUACAGCGUAUUAAAUUAGGCAACUCUAUGAUAUGUCAUGCAUAUAAAUGUAAAUAAUGCAGUGUAAGUACACAAUGAUUUGGUGACUGGGUUUGAGUUAGUGUCACAGUAAAUUUUUCAUGUACAUGUCAACUUCUGCUGAGCGUGCAAAUAUUUGUAUGAAUUCUAAAAUAUCCAUCCAUCAACUUCAGCCACUUAUCUGAGCAAAUAAAUAUGAAAUAUUAUUAGCUGGGUAAUAAACUUUAGUAUGCAUACUUUAAAAAAAAAAAAAAAUGCACUUUUUUAAAAGAUGAUCAUUUUGUUCUUUGUCCCACAUUAAAGAAGAAAAAAGCAAAACAUGUAUGUGGUCUAACUUUUUUCAGAACUCACGAUGUAAAAAUUAGGUAAUAAUUAAUUUCGUAUUAAAAAGGUAAAAGAUAAAUGAAUAACAUGUGACUACCAAAUAAAUACCCAAGAAGGCCUACCAAAUAUAACUUGUACUAUCAGGGUAUUGUUAGUCUAAAAUUUAUUAGGGGAAACACAUUGAAGUGAAUGAGAUGAAAUAAUUUAGCAAUGCCUACAUUAUAUUUGGGUAACAGUAUAAUAGCUUGCUAAUAAUAAUACUGCAUUCUAUUUGUAUUUGGAUACAAAUAGUAAGGUAGCCUCAAGAGAAAACUGAAACCUGCACUCUGAGGUAAUGAAACCACUGCGUGUACUGAUGAAUUCUGUGCUGGCUUUUAUUAUCAUGUCAAAAUUCAGCUCACUCUGAGUGAUGUGAUGUGUUCUGUGAUGUGAAGCUCUGAUAAAAUGUACAUUCAUUUGGUUUGUCUAUUAUAUAGAAGCAAACAAAUAAUAGAUUUCUGGUUUUCUUCAGCGGCUGGACAUGCAAAGAAUUCCUGCAGAGCUGCUGUAGUGUUUCUGGGUCUGUUGUGUCUUCUCCUCCUGGCUGGACUCAUUUACAUGGUUUUCUUAUAUACCAAGAGCAACUCUGAUUGGAAAAUGGAAAAAACUCUGUUACAGAACAGUUACAACAACCUGACUGAAGAAAAAGACCAGUUUCAGAACAGUUACAACGAUCUUUCUAAAAUAAAGGACAAGCUAGAAAGUGAAUAUAACUCCCUUAGUGACCAAAGUAAGAAGUUACGCUCCAGUUAUGAAAGCCUUGACAAUCAAAGACUCCAGUUAGAAACAAAAUACCAAAACCUCAGUGAUCAAAGAUGCCAGUUAGAGAUAAAAUACGAAAACCUUUAUAAUGAGACCAGUUUCAAUAAUCUGGUUCAACAGAUAGAGCAACUACAGACACGACUGGAGUCCAUGGCCAAAGCCAAAAAUGAUAAUCAGUGAAAGCUGGAAGAUUACUAUCUUUCAUCUCCUCUCAACAACGAAAAAACUAAUUUUAACUGGGAAAAAAAACCCAGAAGUCUAUUAGAAGAAACAAUAAUGGCAUUCAUAUGUAACUUAUACCAUUGUACCAAAUUAUGUGUAGCAACUUGCAAAACUUUGGUAGUAUCAUAACCGCUAAAUAACCUUUGUAAUAACUGAUGAUUCGAUUUGUUCAUAAGAACAAAGAGUUGUAAUCAAAAGCUCCAAAAACAGCAAGUAAAAUGGACUUUGUGAUGAAGUCAUAGGGAGAGUUUUAGAAAAUAAGCACAAUACAUAAAAUUUAAAUUUCAGAUUGAGGCAUGGACAAACACGUGCCCUACAGCCCUGAUUGUUUCUAGAAAAUAAUUUAUGUGAAAAUGAAAAUGUAUUAAUUAGUUGGAUGUGACAUUAAACGGUCUUUACUGAUUACCGUCUACCAUCCUGUAAAUACACUGCUCCAAAAAUUAAAGUAACACUUUUUAAUCAGCGUAUAGCUUCAAUUCAGUUAAACUUCUGUGAUAUUGAUCUGGUCAGUUAAGUUGCAAAGGCGGUUGUUAAUCAGUUUCAGCUGCUUUGGUGUUACUGAAUUUAAUAACAAGUGCACGACAGUGGCAGCAAUGAGUCAACCUACAUAAUUCAGUUCAAUUAAUAAUUAUUGAUAUAGCUCCAAAUCACAAUAACAUUCAAGGUGCUUUAUAUUGUAAAGACCCUACAAUAACACAAAAGGGUUUUUACAGCUUUUAAAGCGCUAUACAAAUACAGGCCAUUUACCAUUUUUUACGUUUUUGCCUUCCUCGUCUUCUUAAACUGUUUUUUCACUAGUUUUGUAUUUGGCUAGGGUCAGUGUCACUAUUAGUAGCAUGAGUCAAUAUUUCGACCCUAAAGCGGCUCCACAGAAAUCAACACAUGCCAUUGCCAGAAGGUUUUCUGUGUCUCCCAGCACAGUCUCAAGAGCAUGGAGGAUUUUCCAGGAGACACACAGUUACUCUUACGUGUUUUGAAAGUUUCCCUUUGAUUGGCACACACUUCUGCAUCUAAAUCCAUAAUAACAUUUUCCAUGUGUUUGCAUCUGCACUGUACAUAUAAGCAUAGAUUUUUAGUAGGGAGCAUGCUCAUCUGGAUAUUGAGUUGAUAUAGACUUCAGAGGGACUUUUCUUAACAAAGACUCAAAUUAAUUAGUCUUUGUUUAUAUUCUUAUCUUAUAUUUUACCCCAAAAAACUUCAUUACAAAAACAUGUGUGUACUAAAUACUGUGAAUAACUGAAUUUUUGACUGAAAAUAAAACCGCUUUGAUGGAGCUUUACUUCAAA